AUGGACCUCUUUACACAAACCUCAAACAACCCUUAUAUCACGAGCAUCUCAAAGAGUUUCACUAUACCUUCGGGCUCAGGAGAGUCCUCCGGAGUUGCCCUGAAGACCAACGUUGCCAAUCUCAUCAUCUCGCUUUAUGUCCUGAUGGUUGUAUUCAUUUUUCAGGUCGUAUGGGACCUCGGUGUAUCGGUCAUCGUGGCAUUCUGGACAGGAGACGAGAACUCAAGUCGAUACCUUCCUUUAGUAGUCAUCUGGAAUUCCAGCGGGCCAGAUAAUGCCGCACGGCUGAUGUGGGACUACUACAGGUCAAUUAAGACUAAGAGGAAGAAGAGUAUGAAUCAGGACCCGGAACGCCAGAACCCUACAGCACAACUCAAGAGAUAUCUACCAUCCAAUCCGGAGGUGGUCUCAAGAGAGAACCGAGAGUCCAGGGCGAAUAAUAUGGACCAUGUUGCCCAAAUACAGGAAAGCAGUGGGGAACAGUCAUCCAAUGAAGAUUGGGUGGAAUCACCCAAGAAAAGCAGGAAGACUGGUGGCAAUAAUUUAUGGUGGCUCACACUGUUUGUCUGCCUUACUUACGCCAUGUGGAUCGGACAUCUCGCCGCCGGUCUUUUCAUCGCCCGGAAGCUCUGGAAAGGAUCUUAUGCACUUGCUAAUCCCGACUACAUCUUCUAUCCCGAUCUGGACUCUCUCGGUAAGGACGGCGGCAUUGGUGGUCGGCUUGAAAAGGUGUUUUCUCUGAAAGCUCCUUCGGGACUCCUUGCUCUCGAAUAUAUUGACGACCCUGGUCCAGAAGUCGAGGAGCGAGUCAUUACAAAGGUGUUGGAACCCCCGGAGGGUCAAACACCUAACCUUUGGGCGGGCCUGAGCUACACUUAUAACAUCACUGGGGUGGACAUGGGAUUGCAAAGUGAUCCCAGGCUGACACUCGUGGUUAAUGGUUCAUGUCAUACGGAUUAUACAUGGCUAAUGAACUCUACCGGCGGGGAGGAUACCUAUAGGGUUUGGGGUGGAAAAGAUACCUUCCAAAUCAAACGCAGUGGAGAUUUGAGUCUCCCUCCACGGGUAACCUUCUUCAUCAAUGACAAACAACUGCUUGAGCGAUCUUCCAACAUGUCUUAUGCUAUGAUUAUCAACACCGCCGGUUAUUAUAGUCGCACUCAAAGCCAAGACCCAUGGUACUCUACCGAGCAGUCUCGAACCAAUGGGACUCACCCAUACCAAGUCCUCUCCAAGCGCCCUGUCCUCAGCUGUUGGGAAGCGAAAAGAUGGCAUCUCAACGGCAAAGACGUGGAACAUACACAACUAAAGAAGUUGCCCGGCCUCAACCUCCACCAAUUCUGGAUCGAGAAAGUCUUCCCAUACGAGUUUUUGGUCCCGCGCGUGGCCAGCCUGGGCAGUGUGACAGGGACACACACUUUUAAAUCCACGUCGUUAGGCGCAACCCUUUAUAAUAGCGUGGAUCCUUCCUACAUUCUUGAUGCGGGUUCGCACAGUGUUCUGAGUGACAUUGAGCAUUGGGUGAAGGCUAGUUGGAUAAGUGAUCAGGGUGUGCUACGAGACACCACCACAUAUCAUUCCGGAGGUGGGGUAAACAGUGCUGAAGGACCUGAUGGCACCGUAGACCCCUCGAUAGCGGGAUUUGUGAUUGAAAACUGGGAUGUCGACACCUUAUCC